CUUUUUGUUUCAGCAAUAAUAUGCAAUACAACAUGGCAGUAGUUCUUAAAAUAUUAGUCUUUGCUGCUAUUGUUGCUACCGCCAACUGCGAGAUCACCGAAAACUGGCCACCAAACUCAAUACUUCAUGAUUUCGAGCAAUUUGACUUCAUUAUAAUCGGAGCGGGAUCAGCCGGCAGUGUGGUCGCAAACCGACUCAGUGAGGUAGAACAAUGGAAAAUAUUGCUCAUCGAGGCUGGAGGUGAUCCACCGGUGGAAAGCAUUGUCCCUGCAUUAUAUACCAAGUUAUUAAAUACGGAAUACGAUUGGAACUAUACUACAGUUAAUACUGGAAAAACUAGUCAAGCCAAUGUAAAUGAGACAGUGCAUUGGCCACGAGCAAAAAUGUUAGGGGGAUGUAGCAGCAUGAACGCGAUGAUCUAUGUCAAAGGUAACGAUGAUGACUUCCAAAGAUGGUAUGACCAAGGAAAUAAGGAAUGGCAUCCAAAAAUUGUUCGCGAAUACUACAAGAAAGCUGAAUCUUUCCAGAACAUAAAUGGAUUGAAGAAUCCUGCCGUUAAAAAGGCUUAUGGACAAAAUGGGCCUUUAGCUAUUAAUUAUUUUAACAGUACAUCUGAAGAGCUCACGCAAGCAAUAUUAGGUGCAUGGGAUGAAAUUGGUUUUAAGUCAGUUGCUGAUAUUAAUGAAAGAAACGUAUUGGGAGCCGGUCCUUAUGGAGGGACAGCCGUUAACGGGCGAAGAGAAAGUACAGCAAAGGCCUAUUUAAAUCCAAUACAGAACCGAGAAAAUUUCAAAUUAUUAAAAAAUACCUUAGUUACAAAAAUAAUAAUAAACGAAAUAACUUUAGAAGCUAAAGGAGUGAAGAUACAAAUUAAUGAAAAAGAAAUUAAUUUUUAUGCAAAACAUGAAGUUAUAUUGAGCGCUGGGGCAAUUAAUACUCCUCAAUUACUGAUGUUGUCUGGUAUUGGUCCUAGAAACCACUUAGAAUCCAAGGGAAUUACCAGUCUUAUAAAUUCACCGGCUGUAGGUCAAAAUCUCCAGGAUCAUAUUUACGUACCAGUUACAAUCUUCGGAAACCAACCUGGAGAAGAAGACUCGACAUAUGACGAGCUUCAGUAUCAAACUUAUCUAAAAAAUAGCACUGGGUACUUCGCAACAAAUUUUAUACAAAAUGUACUUUCGCUUUAUGGCCGUUCUAAAGAUUCAAAAUUUCCGCAAUUUCAAAACCUUGUAGGCAUAUUUCCUAAAAAAUCCAAAAAAGUUGAACCUUAUUUUAAAAGUUUAUACAAAUCUGAGGUAGUUGACUCCAUCGUCAAAAAUAGUAAAGCUAACGCUCUUUAUUUGUAUCUUUUUCAUAAUUUGCAUCCAUAUUCAAAAGGAAAUAUUUCUCUAAGUACAAGUGAUCCAAAAGAUGCCCCUCUUAUUUACGCUAACUAUUUUGACGAUCCAAGAGAUUUGCAGGCUACAGCUGAUGGUAUUCGAAUGUUGACCAAAAUAGUUAAGACUUCAUAUUUUACAUCCAUCAACGGCUUUUUGGGCAGACUAAAAUGGCCAGCUUGUGAUAGUUUUGACCUUGACAGUGAAAAGUAUUGGAAGUGCAUAGCUAUUAAUAUGGUGUUGACUAUUUAUCAUCCUGUAGGCACUGCCCGAAUGGGAACUUGUCAUAAGACUUCAGUAGUUGAUAGUCGUCUUAAAGUAUACGGUGUUAGUAAACUGCGAGUAAUAGAUGCUAGUAUAAUGCCAACGUUAACAAGUGGUAACACAAAUGGACCAACAAUAAUGAUAGCGGAACGUGCAAGUGAUUUAAUAAAAGAGGACUAUUUACCUGAUAUUAACCAAUAGUAAA